AUGCACCAAUCUCCAGACAGCCUCUCUGGUCUGAUACCAUCUGAUGGCCAAUUCACGCAGAAGCAAGGCGGGCCCCGGCACGAAUGUCUGGUCUUCACCUACAACGAGCUACACCGCGCAUCACUGAAGCUCGCCGCCGGCCUCGCGGCUCACGGCGUACGGCCAAACACCACCAUGCUGAUGUUGAUUCCGAACGGCGGCGAGUACUGCCUGCUUCUCUGGACAUGCAUCGUCAUGCGCCUCACAUUCGUCUGCCUCGACCCAUCAACCCUGGCCGCGUCCGACCCCGCCGAGCUGCGCGAUGUCAUGGAAUCAACCAAGCCAUCCAUCGUCGUCGUCCCAGACGCAGCUGGCGCCAAGACCAUGGACACGCUCCUCGCCUCACUCGGCAAUGACCACGCCCUCCGCAUAUCCCUGACCGAACGCCCCGUUUCCGGUAGCUGGACGUCCCUGCCCGAGCUGGCCGCCGACGCCACCAGUGACCCACCCGACGAACAGCAACUUCUGGAUGCGGCCAGGAAUGACGAUGAAGACCGCAUUCACUCCAUCAUGUUCACAUCGGGGACGUCAGGCCGAUCGAAAGGCUGCCCCUUGCGCGUUGGUGGCAUGACGCACGUGCUGCACUCGCAAUCUUGGUUGAUCAACAAAGAUAAUUGCGCGUCCGCACUGCAGCAAGCGCACAACUCGCGCGGCAUCGCUCCGGCCCAGACGCUGCAGACGUGGCGGGCGGGUGGUGCGGUAGUCAUGACGGGCCGCGGCUUCGCGGCCGACGACAUGGUGGAUGCGAUUCGCGAGCACGGGGUCACUUUCGUCGUGCUCACGCCUGCGAUGGUGCACGCCCUGGCACCGCUUCUCAGCGCUCACGCAUUUGAGGUGACAUCCGUCCGGACGGUGCAGGUGGGCGGGGAUGCGGUCACGAAAGAUAUUCUGACGAAGUGCGCCGCCUUGUUCCCUAAGGCCGAGGUGUGCGUCAAUCACGGGAUGACCGAGGGAGGGGCGUGCUUCAGGUGGCCGUUCUUCGGGACUCCGACGGCCGAGAUACCCUACUUUGGGGAGAUAUGCCCGGUGGGUGUCGUUGCGCGUGGAGCAGUUGUGCGGGUCUGGGACGCGGAGAGGGAGUGCGUGGCAAGGAGAGGCCGGCCGGGCGAGCUUCAUCUGCACUGCAGCAGUAUUAUCCGGCAUUACCUGGGUGGAGUGUCUGAGUCUUCAUUCUAUGAGGAUGACCGAGGUCGUUGGUUCAACACCGGUGAUGUUGCUCUCAUGGAUGACGGCGGCUUGGUGUUCAUCCUCGGGCGGAAGAAGGAUAUGAUCAAAAGCAACGGCAUUGCCAUUAUGCCUGCCGCGCUGGAGAGCUCGAUUGAGCAGUUUACAGGCGCACAGACAUCAGUGAUUGGUAUAUCCCACCCGGUACUGGGGCAGGUUCCCUUUGCCGUACUCAGUAGUCUCAACGAAAAAACGCAAGAAGAGAUAAAGAGUUACAUAAUGCGUACGCUUGGCAAGGACUAUGCUCUUGGUGGCCUGGCUACACUGGAGGAGGUCGGGCUUAGCGAGUUUACGGUCAACGCUACUCACAAGAUCGUUAGGUCUGAAGUCGAAAAGGCGGUUCAGAGAACUUACGCCAAAGCCUAA